GACGGGGGUCAGUAAGGAUUAGUGUUUGGCGCAUGCGCAGUGCCCUUCUAGACAUUUCUUCUUCACGUGGAUCGCACUGGUGAAGUGUUCCUGUGUGACUGUCUUGUGCUGCUCUGUCGGACUCGCUUUUCAUAAAGAUCAACAACAUGCAGGCUUUCCGGAAAUUCCUUCCCAUGUUCGACCGUGUGUUGGUGGAGCGGCUAGCUGCAGAGACUGUGACAAAAGGAGGCAUCAUGAUUCCAGAAAAGUCUCAAGCCAAAGUGCUGCAGGCCGCAGUGGUGGCAGUGGGUCCAGGAUCCACCAACAAGGAAUUCUACAACUGGUGUGAUGAGUCUUUUGAAGAGAUGGACAGCACACUGGCAGUGCAACAGUAUAUUCAGCAGAACAUCCGUUCAGACUGUUCCAACAUCGAGAAGAUUAUGGAGCCUCCAGAGGGACAGGAUGAGGGGGUGUGGAAAUAUGAACAUCUCAGACAGUUCUGUUUGGAGCUCAAUGGCUUAGCAGUUAAACUGCAGAAUGAGUGUCACCCUGACACGUGUACCCAGAUGACUGCCACUGAGCAGUGGAUCUUUCUGUGUGCUGCCCAUAAGACUCCCAAAGAGUGCCCCGCCAUUGACUACACAAGGCACACUCUCGAUGGAGCUGCGUGUCUUCUCAACAGCAACAAGUAUUUUCCCAGCCGCGUCAGCAUUAAGGAAUCAUCUGUGGCCAAACUGGGCUCGGUUUGCCGUCGCAUCUAUAGGAUCUUCUCCCAUGCUUACUUUCACCACCGCCAGAUUUUUGACAAGUAUGAGAAUGAGACUUUCUUGUGUCACCGCUUCACUCGUUUCGUGAUGAAGUACAACCUUAUGUCUAAGGACAACCUCAUCGUGCCCAUCCUGGAAGAGGAAGUCCAGAGUGCCACUGCUGGGGAGAGUGACGCCUGAGCUGUAUUUGUGCAUUUUGAGCCUCUAGAAUCCAGACAGCAGAGGUGUACAACUUUAGUCAUUUGACAUACUUUACUUUUCCAUUCACUAAUGCUUCAUUUGAUCCAAAUUUCAUCAUUCAGCUGUAACAAUCAAAAUGUUACAUCAGCAGCUCCUUGUACAUAUCUCACUCCAUCUCCAUUGUAAAUCCUGCUCAACCAAUAAGAUUUUCCUUUCUUUUUCCUCCUCUCUCGACUAUAAACGAGUCUGGUGAUAUUCACCCUGUCUUUUCUCUCAUUGUUAAGUUAUUAUAUGGGUGGAGGGCUCUUAUCCGGCCCACUUUGUCCUUUUUUUUUUUUUUUUUUUUACUAAAAUGUAUGGUAUUUUCAUUGUCAGUUGUUAAUAAAAGACUUGUACCUAAUUUAUGCUUAUGCAUUUAAGCCGUGUUCGACUGCUAAGUGACAACACAGAUUUCCACUUUAAUACGAGGUAAAUACCCAUUUAAUAAACCAUUACAAAAACUGUCUGAAACGCGUUCAGAUACUACAGUUGGUAAAUAAUACUGAUCAGUUGUGGUAUAUUAGAAUAUAAUGUUAAAUAUCUUGGGCUUAGCUUCUAGGAUUGAAAAACAUCUCAUUCGGUUCACCAUGGCUUCAACAUUUACAGCAGCUUGAAAGACUGUUUAGCUAACAAAAAUGUGCUUAUUCUAUUCUACCAUUCCUCAAAGAGGGAUAAACAUCGUCAAGGCAAUGCAAGAUACAAUCUGAUAAAAUACAAUGCUUAACGUGGUUAAAAUUCUACAAACAUUUUAAGGUGGCACAAGCAGCACCACUUCAGCUCAGUUUGAAAAAUCCAGCCCGAUAAGAUGAGAACUAGUCAGUUUAUGCCAAAAAAAAACAAAAAAAGUACCCUGCCCAUAGUCCCUUAGGAGUUAUUAAACUGAAAAGCUGCCACUUAAUUAAAAUGUUUUACCCUUUAUCCUUUUAGAUAGUGUGAAGAAACUCCCAGGAGAUUAAGAUCCAAAUCCAGCUUUAGCACCAGUUGAACACAUGGCAGAGAUCAGAUAAACCAGACUACAGCAUUUAGUUCAGGCUAGUUCUUGGAUUCCAUUCUGAAGCGCUGUAGGCUUACAAUGCAUAUGCAUUUUUCCUCAAACACUGGCAUCCCAAGCUUUUCUGAUGUUUUGACUCCAAGUCCUGGAACAUUUCUGCAAGAAAAUGUAAGCACGUCACAAAUCUGCACACCAAGUAAAUGUCAGCGUCCUGCAGUGGGAUUGUUUGGACACUCAGUUCCUGAGUUCAUCACGUUGAACUGUUGCAGGUGUUAGAACAAACAACUGAACUGUCAGCUGGGGUGAAGUAAAAAAAGGAACAGGAAAAAGAACAGCAAAAAAUUAACAGUGAGGAAGGACACUCACAGUGAUGAGG